UGAUUGGAUUGUUCACAAUUGAAUAUUAUUAGUAUUUUAAUUUUUUUUACAUAAAUACAAAUAUUAUGCGACGAUUUUCACGUUCGGUGUCAAAUCUAGGUAAUUUAAAACUUCGUCGCCGAUUACGAAUGUCAUUUCGGUCACCAAAAAAAGAUGGCCGUCGUCAAGGUAAUCAAAAAAAACAUAAUCAUGGUGUUGGAUCGAAUGUUGAUCAAAUGAUGGAUAAUUUGUAUUCAGCUGUUACAAAUUUAACGCAUAAAAUUCCACGGCCAAUGAAAAAUGUUUUUAAUCGUAUGAUGGCUAAUAAAAAUGAUCCACAACCACAUCAAACACGAACAAAUUUAAGUAGAAAAACAACAAUGCCAGUGCCAUUAUCAAAAAUACCAUCACCAACAAAAAAAUCACCACCAUUAAGCGCCAUUUCAUCCGCGAUAUCAAACAUACCAACAUCAACAACAGGAGCAUCGACAAAUCGCAAAAAUGUUCAACAACAACAGAUCAAUUCCAUAUCACAGAAAAAUAUUCGACUAAAUUAUGAUCGCUCAUCAACGAUGCCCAUGAUUGAAACAAAAAAUAUGGCCUAUGUAUUGCCAAUUGGUUCGCUAACAAGUAUUUAUGAAAAACUAUAUGAUUGUUAUUGUUUCUUCGUUCAUUGUUCUCAACAUGAUCGUGUUUGCAUAAUGCGAUCAUCAUCAUCGCCAUUCAUAUGGUUACCAUGUGUUGUUGCACAAUCCAUACAGAAACAUUCCUGGGUCAAAUCAGCCAAAGAAAAUGCCGCAUGGAUAUUUGCCAAUGAAUCAAACAACCGAUAUGAAUAUUUUAAACGUAAUCCAUUCUAUACGGAUAUUCGUUUGAUUGAAAUUUUACGGCUACAACUACCACAAACAAAUCGUUUUAUAACAAGAUUAGCAUUUUAUGUUCAUAUCGAUCCGGAACAAACAUCGGAUAGAUUUUCUUGUUGUCAAGCAACUGAUCGUUUAGAUUGGUUAGAUUUGAAUAUUGUACGUGAUGGCUGUGUGGAAAAUCUUUGGGGUCCAGAAUUGGUAAAAUAUUGUCCAGCCCUCAAUAUGACACCACAAAUGAUGCCGCAAAAAAUCGAAGAAUUUAGUUCAAGUCAGGUAUUUCAUUUUGUUUCGAAAGAUGGUACGCCGAAAAACAUUGAAGAGUCGUGGCUAAAAUCGGUAAAGAUUACCGAGAAUGAUGUUGAACGUUUAUAUUAUGAAUUUUUGGAACAUUGUUAUCCAAGUUAUUAUAUGACAUCGGAUUCGUUUCGUCAAUGUUUAUUUCGGCUCGGUCUUGAUCUACCCGAUCUAAAUAUGGAUCGUUUAUUUAUCGCAUUUAAUUAUAUGAAAAAUGGCUUUCUUAGUUUUCAUGAAUUGCUAUUGGGUUUGGUUGCAUUGGAACAAGAUACACCACAUGAUGAAGUUCGAAUAAAAUUUGUAUUUCGUUAUUAUGAUACCAAACAAUAUGGUGUAUUGUAUGAAGAAGAUAUGAAACGUAUGUUACGUGAUCUAUUUAUCAUAACAUUUGGUGAAAAAAAAUUACGUAGCGAUCAUUUGGAACAAAAAACACGUGAAGCGAUGGAGUUGUUUAAAGCACAAUCAAUUGGUAGAGGUACACGUACAAGGCAAGCAAUUACAUGGCGAAAAUUUCUCACCGUUAUCGCAACACAUCAAUUUCGUGGAACAUCAUUAUUAUGUCGAUCGAAAAAAUCAAUUUUCGAUCAUAUUACUAAACGUAUCACAACACAAUCAGCAAAUCAAUCAUCCAAACAAGAACCAGCAUUAUUACGUUUAGUUGUACAACGUAAAUUUCAAAGUGAAGUAUGUCCAUCAUGUCGUUCAAAACAAUAUCGUUUAUCACCAUUACGUUUGCUAAUCAAUCAAGAUGGUUAUUAUGAUCGUUGUGAAAUAAUACGGCCAGAUAUUAAUAAAAUGAGAUUAGAAACAUCACAACGACAAACAGUUUGGGCCAAUAUACAACGUAAUCAUCUUAUCAAACCAGAAUAUCCGGCAAAUUUUUUCAUACGGAAAAUACGUGAAUUUAAUCAAACUAAAAAAUAUAAUACACUUGGUUUCAUGACAAAUGAACGUGAACGUUUAUAUCAAAUGUUUCAAAUAAUGGCCGAAGAAUUGGAACCAAUGCUGCAAAAAGAACAACGUAUAAAACAAUUAGCAUCACCAUGUUAUAUAAUCGGUGAUAUACAUGGCAAUCUUGAAGAUCUUAUGUCAUUAGAAUUGACAAUUUGGAAACAAUUUCCAGCAUCAGGUGUACAUUAUCUAUUUUUAGGUGAUUAUGUUGAUCGUGGACGUUGGAGCAUUGAAUGUGCGCUAUAUUUAUUAUCAAUGAAAGUUUUAAUGCCAAAAAUGAUAACAUUAUUGCGCGGUAAUCAUGAAAUUCGUGAAAUCCAAAACAAAUAUACAUAUCGACGUGAAUUAUGGCAAAAAUAUGAUCAAGUUUAUGGACAAAGAUUUUGGGAUCUAACUAAUCGUCUAUUUGAUCGAUUACCACUAAGUGCAACGAUUGAUGAUACAAUUUUCUGUUGCCAUGGUGGUAUACCACAUCAAAUAACACGAUUGAAUGAAUUGGAAAAACGAAUACCACCAGUGGUAAUGAGUCCAGAAUCCGAUUGUUCAAUUGCAUGGGAAAUAAUGUGGUCUGAUCCAAUAAAUCAAGAUCAUUUUAUGACCAUCCAAAAUCUUUAUCAAAUUCGUAAUGAAAAUCUUCGACAAGGAUAUCUACCCAAUACAAAACGUGGUACAGCAUUCUAUUUCAAUGAACGUGCAUUGGAUAAUUUUUUUGCCGAAAAUCGUCUAACACAUAUGAUUCGUGCACAUGAAGUACCAAAACUUGGUUUUAUGAUACACUUCGGUCAAAAAUGUGUGACAGUUUUUUCCUGUUCACAUUAUUGUGGUAAUGAUAAUGAAUGUUGUGUGCUGUUUGCUCAUCAAGAAAAACUUCGUGUCAUUCGUAUCGAUACGACAGCCAAUCAACCGGCUACCGAUCAAUUUCAACAGCAAUCAAUUAUCCGUUGAAACAACAACAAAUCUGAUAAAUAAUAUUUGAUGAAAUGAAUGUUGGUGAUGAUGAUGGUCAUCUUUCUUUUCUUUUUUUUAAUUUGUAAAAUAAA